AUGGUGUGGCGUCCUCUUAAAGUUCGCGACUUAGAUUUUUAUUCUUGGAACGAAAUUGUUCGGAAAGUAAAUGGCAAUUCAAAUCGUAAAGUGGUUUAUGUCUAUGCUGAACACUUUUCUAAUGAAUAUUUGAUAACUAAUUAUAAUGGACCUAAUGGAUUAGAAAAAGUUAAAAGACAUUUGGUUGGGUUAAGAAAGGGUGCUAUUCCAUCAAUAUUUAAUACACCAAAUGAUAUCACUGACAACUAUAAUACUAUAACUAAUGAUUUACCAGACCCAACUGGACAAAUUAACAGCUCUCAGUACAAGUUUGUGAUUGACUUAAUUAUUUCACCUAAAAGUAGUCUAUAUAGACUUACUGAAACAUUUACCAGUUUUGAGGAAUUAUUAAUACCAGUUGGUUGGGUGUUAUACCGUGAUGAAUGUAUAGUGUCAUUAUAUAAACCAAAUAAAUUUGAAUGUGGUAGUGAAAUGAAAGUGGUCAUUCAAAAACAAAUUGUUUUUCAAUCUAAUAUUUUAAAAAUAAGCUAUUAUGUUAAUCAGAAAUGUAGAGAUCCUAAAAUACCACAAUUGACAUACCCAUUAGAUUUUAUGAAAAUUAAUGAAACUAUUAAAUUGUUUGAACAGAAACAAAUUUGUGAAGGAGGCCCAAGUGUCAUCAAUUUUCCUGGAAUUCAUAUUAAAAACCCUAAUUUAGAUGAUUCAAUAUGGCGCCAUAACGAAUGUUCAGUUCUUACUAAUUCUAAAAAAAGAUGUCAACGAUGUAAUUUAUUAUUUCCUUAUUUUCAGUAUAUAGAAAAAUUGUUAUCUAUUAGAAAUAAAACAUAUGUUGGCUCUACUCUGACUCCUACUAGACGGAGUAUAUUAAAACAAAUUUUAAGAAAAAAAAUAGUUAACCGAUCCAAUAAAAGGUUUAAAAUAAGAGUAGAACAAUUGAAUGUAACAUUGAAUGAAGUACAAUGUAGUUCAAAAAAAUUGACAAAUGAAUCUAUAGCUGAUUUAUUUGAACGUAACAAUUUGAAUACAUCACAGAAAACAAUUAUUCAAGAAAUUAUUAAUGCCAGUAAAGUCCUAAAUACUAAAAAUAGGAGGUAUUCUGAGAAUUGGAUACUCUUAUGCAUCUUAUUGAAAAUUAGAUCUUCCACUUACCGAUUUUUAAGAGAACAAGAAGUAUUACCUCUACCGUGUCCAAGAACUAUUAGAAAAUAUUUAUCAAUGAAAAACAUUCAAUGUGGUUUUGGCAAGAAAUUUUUCCCAAUAUUAAAAAAAAAAAUUAGUAUACUUAGAUCUGAACAAAAACAUGGUAUGUUAGUUUACGAUGAAAUGUUUUUGAGAGAAAGUCUUAAUGUAAACUUUCAGACUCUCACUUAUUGUGGAUUGGAAGAUUUUGGCGGGGAAAUAGAUUUUUCUGAAUUGAAAGCUAACCAUGCAUUAGUUUCAGUGGCGUAA